GCCCCCGCCCCCCCCAUGGACAUGCUGGACCCGGGUCUGGAUCCCGCUGCCUCGGCCACCGCUGCUGCCGCUGCCAGUCACGACAAGGGACCCGAGGCCGAGGAGGGCGUCGAGCUGCAGGAAGGCGGGGACGGCCCAGGCGCGGAGGAGCAGACGGCGGUGGCCAUCGCCAGCGUCCAGCAGGCGGCGUUCGGCGACCACAACAUCCAGUACCAGUUCCGCACAGAGAAUAAUGGAGGACAGGUGACAUACCGCGUAGUCCAGGUGACCGACGGUCAGCUGGACGGCCAGGGCGACACGGCAGGCGCGGUCAGCGUCGUGUCCACGGCUGCCUUCGCCGGGGGGCAGCAGGCUGUGACCCAGGUGGGUGUGGAUGGGGCGGCCCAGCGCCCCGGCCCCGCUGCCGCCUCUGUGCCCCCAGGCCCCGCAGCACCCUUCCCACUGGCUGUCAUACAGAACCCCUUCAGCAAUGGUGGCAGCCCAGCGGCCGAGGCGGUCAGUGGGGAGGCGCGGUUCGCCUAUUUCCCAGCGUCCAGUGUGGGGGACACCACGGCCGUGUCUGUGCAGACCACAGACCAGAGCCUGCAGGCCGGAGCAGGCCAGUUCUAUGUCAUGAUGACGCCUCAAGAUGUGCUUCAGACAGGAACGCAGAGAACGAUUGCGCCCCGGACUCACCCCUACUCCCCGAAAAUAGAUGGAACCAGAACGCCCAGGGAUGAGAGGAGGAGAGCGCAACACAAUGAAGUGGAGCGACGGCGGAGGGACAAGAUCAACAACUGGAUUGUCCAACUUUCAAAAAUCAUUCCAGACUGUAAUGCAGACAAUAGCAAGACGGGAGCGAGUAAAGGAGGGAUCCUGUCCAAAGCCUGCGACUACAUCCGGGAGCUGCGCCAGACCAACCAGCGCAUGCAGGAGACCUUCAAGGAGGCCGAGCGGCUGCAGAUGGACAACGAGCUCCUCAGGCAACAGAUUGAGGAGCUGAAGAACGAGAACGCCGUGCUCCGCGCCCAGCUGCAGCAGCACAACCUGGAGCUGGUGGGCGAGAGCGCCCGGCAGUGACGGCCGCCCCCGCGCCCCCCGCCUGCCGCCCCCAGCCCCCACCCACCCCAACCCACCCUACCCCCAGCCCUUAGCACAGCGAGGGGCAGAUGCCCCUCCCCCAGCUGCGUUUUUUUAUAGUAGAUUUUUAACAAAAAACACGGGGAGACAUAAUGCAUUUCUGUGGAUACGCGCCCACUGUUCUCUGCAACUUGGAAGCGAUCUCCUGCCCUUCCCCGUCUGUCUGUCUGUCUGUCUGUCUCCUGCCCCCCCCCACCCCACCCCAACAAGGUCUCGCCCUGGAGGCUGAGGGCGGAGCGAGGAGGCCCCUACAGCCAGCAGCAGGACUGAGACAAAACGGGGUGCUCACGGGAAGGAGAGGGAGGCUGGGGGUGCCCGGUGCCUGGCCCUAAGCAGGGAGGCCAUGCCCCGCCCCACCCUCUCUGUUUCUGGAUCCCUGCUCCCACCUGGGUGUGUGUGUUUUAAUUUUCUUUAUGGAAAAAAUGGACAAAAAAAAAAGAGAAAGAGAGAGAGAGAGAGAGAGAGAGAGAGAGGUAUUUAACUGCAAUAAACUGGCCCUGUGUGGCCCCGCCUUG